CACACUCCCACCCCCAACCAGGCAGGGUUGCCCUCCCCUCGCCCUCGUUAAAACCUCUGCAGCCCAUUGGGUCCCAGCACAUCAGCUUUGCAGGAGCUGGGAGGUUCGCGCUGUUCCAGGGCAGCCUGAGGGACCAGGGGGAAAGCCAAGUACACUGACUUCUGCCGCUGCAGAGGAAGCCUGUUUAAAGCGCUCCAGGACAAGGCCAGGGAGACUUGGGGAGAGCGACAAAAGGUGCGGGAUGCAGAGCAUAGCCUUGCUGGGGGUCACCACCCUGGCUCUGGGGCUGGCCUUGGCCGCCCCGCCUAAAGAAGGCGGCAAGAAGAAGGAAGAGAAGCCCAGAGCUGACAUUGCAACCGAUGACAACCUGGACCUGCCCAUCUACGACCUCAGCCUAGACAGCUAUGGAGAGAUCAUUGAGCCGAGCCUCUAUGAAGAGCUCUAUGACUAUAAUGACCUGGCACCAAAGAUUGAGGUUGGUACAUUGGCUCCUCCAACCAAGCGUCUAGAGGGCGUUGGGAGCACGAGAGCGAUGCCAACCGAAGCACCCAGAAGGCCGCCCCCGACAUCCCCCACGACCAAGCCCUUCGGGCCCGGUCUGCUCGGGUCCAUAACCAAACAGGGUCUGCCCACCUGCCUGGUCUGCGUGUGCCUUAGCACCUCCGUGUACUGUGAUGAUGCUGAGCUGGAACAGAUCCCGCCGCUGCCCCUGGAGACCACGUACCUCUACGCCCGCUUCAACCGCAUCAGCCGCAUCCGAGCCAGCGACUUUGCCAGGCUGAAGAAGCUGAAGCGAAUAGACCUGACUAGCAACUUCAUCUCCUGGGUGGACGAGGACUCCUUCCAGCUGCUGAGCACCCUGCAAGAGCUCAUCCUCACUGAGAACAGGCUGACGGCGCUGCCUGCAUUGCCCAGCAGCAUCGUGCGGCUCGAUGCCCGGCUCAACAGGAUCCAGAGCUCCGGUGUCAGACCUGAAGCCUUCAGGGAGCUGAAGAAACUGCAGUUCCUCCACCUGUCUGAUAACAAGCUGGACUAUAUCCCAGUGCCCCUGCCUGAGGGCCUGCGAUCCCUGCACCUGCAGAACAACAACAUCAGAACCAUGCACCAAGACACGUUCUGUGAUAGCCAGGACCACGGUCACAUCCGCUGGGCCUUGGAGGACAUCCGCCUCGACCGCAACCCCAUCAACCUGAGCCUCUUCCCCGACGCCUACUUCUGUUUGCCUCGGCUACCCAUUGGCCACUUCUACUGAGCCUGCCAGACAGCCUCCUAGGGAGCACCUGUGAUGGGAACCACUCUCGGGACAAGGCCUGUCCUGGACCCACAAGUUACGAGCUCCAUGCCGGGCUGUCCUGUUGAGCCAUCUGGUAUUUGCCCUUCUCCCUUGCUCAUCUUAGCACCACCGGCCUUGUCUAGACUAGAUGUGAUGUGAGCACAUACGAGCUAACGUGGGUUUAGUAGUCUAGUUAGGCUAAGGAUACCAUGGCAUGUGUUUAAAAUGGCCAGGGGGUGCUGGAUGCGGGGAUCUUCUUGAGUUCUCAGUCCAUGUGUGCCAGCGCAAAGGAUGCCCCAGGCCGAGAGCAGCACUAAUAAAAUUAAAAAGGUUAAAAACUUAUUCUGUGGAUUGUUUAAAACAAAAUAACCAACCCCGUCCAGAACGGCAGGCGGUAGCUACUCCAUGAGCAUUGUGGUGUGGGCGGUGAUGGGCAAAGCUUUCGAGGGAAUGAACCCUGGAUUCCCUCAUGGCUGGAGCUUGGUCACUUGGAUCCUGACCUGCAUUUCUAGUCACAGGCUCCCCUGUGCACAGCUCCACCCAAAGCUUAGGUCUCGGCGCUGAUCCAAACAGGCAGGGAGGGAGUUUUGAGGCCUUUAAAAGAGGCCUAAAUCAUUUCAGUGUAUUUAAAAUAUAGCAUGUGUUGCGUUCCCUAACUUCUGAAAUCAGAAGAGAGCUGUCCACUUGAGGAAUACUUUCAAUGCAGCUUAUUCAUCAUCUGUAUUUUUAUACAUGUGCAAUAAACGCACGUCAUGUGAGAGAGAUGACGUGCACAUGGAGAAGCCAAAACACUGAACUGAAACCUCUGAGCUCAGCCUCCAUCCUCCAGGGCAGGGGAGGGAAGUUGGUAAGUAAAACAAAUCUUACGGCACACUCCCAGUUUUCAAAAAUUCACGUUGUCCCGCCAAACCCUCCUCAUCUGUGUGCGCAAAACAUGUGCCCAAGAUGUGACAUUGCCAUAAGCAUGCGCAAAAAUGCCUGUUUGAUGCACAGUUCGGCUGUGGCUUUUUUAAAGCUUGCCCCUUAGAUGCACGGUUAUCCGAUGUAUGUACAAAACUGUCAUUUUGCACUUACCAAUGGCAGGCAGGCAGGAGCCCAGGGAAUUGGCUUUGGUUGUACAAAAUUAUCCUCCUCAGCUGCAUUCUUAUUAUGCAAAACACAAAGCAGGGCCACUCAGAUGAGAGUCCUAUUUUGACACCCCAAGUUUCUUGGUGGGUGGGUAAAAGAGGAACUUGGAGGAAAGGCUGCUGUUCUCUUCUCUAAAGUGCCAGGGUGGGCAGAUUAUGUUGUCAUGCAGUGCUCUGAAAGCAUCUAGCUAUGGGUUUUCUUCAGCAUCCACCACCAUAAUAUCUAAGCACUGUCCUUAAGCAUCUUGUAUCUUACUUGCUUUUAUAGCCAAAGGGCUGAAUAGAGGGGCUAGUUAGGCUCAGAUCCAGCAAAGAUAGAAUCAUCCAACUUUAGCUGUAUUUUCGCCUGCGUUCACUUUCGCCCCACUAGAGGGUGCAACAGAAUGUGUCAAAACCCACCCAUCCCUGUGCCUUGCUCUCCUAAUCUCUGCUCCUUGUCUCCCUUCUGC